AUGUUGAACAGUCACUACGAAAUCCUUGGUUUCAACCCGGAUAAGCAGUCGCCGCUCGAGGUUGAGUUUCUUGUUCGAGAUGCUAUGGCAAUAAUCAAUACUGAGGGACUGCUUCGAAAAGCCAUACUAUUGUUUUGCCAUCCAACGGUGAGAAAAGUGGUUCCCGAUAUUGACUGUUACUGGUCUAACUUAGCUGAUAAGUGGCUAUUUGAAAAUGUUCCUAAAGUCAUUGUCAAUAUGCCGGUCAAUCAGUUCAGAAUCGUUAUCGACUUCAUCAAGUCAAAGUUCUCCACCAGCUGGUGCAUCUUGGGGUUCCUCAUUCUGACGGUUAAGUACGGCAACUCUAUUCGUUUCAUCAAAAGACUUGCAAAACUUCUUGAUGUGGGUAUUGUGCAUGACAACACUAUGCUAAAUAGUUGGUUUGGGUUGUCAUUAUUGGAUAUGAUGGGUCAAAGACUAGGUACUAUAGCGGUUCCAUCCUGGACACAAAUCAUCAAUGAUGGUUCCAUUGUGAACGCCGUUGACUGUUCAGCAAUUCUGGUUUCCUCUUCAACUAAUGAGUUCAAUGCAGUGAGAACAGAAAACUCGAUGGUAACCUUAACAGUGGGACACUCGAUUCAGUUCACCGAAGUCUUGGUCACAAAGUUUGACGAUACCGCUUGUUCUGUUGUCGGGUGGGUUAUCGGUAUGGAAUCAGCACAGCUUCAGCAAGGAUCACAAAUUCAUUUGACCAUGGACCACGCAAAGGGGUUCGACUUAAGCCGGUCUGCUGUACUCGAACUCACAAACGUGAAUGUAAACAUCAGCCUUAUUGAUCGCAACUUUAUUCCUAGUUUACUGCAGACGUUGGCUCUCGCAAUAGGAUAUCAACCAGAUGGAGUCGUGGAGUCCGGGGUCCCCGUCUUGUCAACACCUCCUUCGAAGACAGCCGACCCCAAUACUACUAAUGCUUGCGACGCCGAUAUUUACCCCCACGGCGAAACCCUGUUUUUCGAUAGCUCCCCCAUCAAAAUGCCGUACACUAGGCCGCGGCGACAUUUUGAUUGUGACGACGAGACUGGUGUCAUUGAUGAUCUAAUUGAUAUCAGAGUCGGAGAAGGCAUGCUCAGCCCCCCAAAUUCAGCCACGGCGUAUUCUAAUCUUAGCGAUCUUGGUAAACGACGCCACUUAUUGGUAAAAGAACUUUACCACCUUCAACAACAGGCUCAAGAAAAAACGUCAGAGCUACAAAUCAUCGACAUCGAAAUGCAGAAAGUCAUGAUGGAGUUGGGGCUAGCUCUCGAAGGGUCUAGGUAG